AUCCAAUAGGAUAUAAGUCGAGCAGGCGUAUUUUAAGACAUUAGCAGUCAGAGCUUAAGGAAGGCGUCAUCCUCCUCAUUCUGGUUCCUUUGAUCCGAAGCGAAGCGAGUCGAUUCCAAUGAUGGUAGAGCUAUUCGUGUUGGGAUGUACGGGAAUUGUGGUGUUUCUCCACGGAGCUAACUUCUUCUUCCACGCUCUCUCUCAGCACUUCGCCUUCCGCGCUCUCAGUUUCCUGGGAUUUGUUGGGUGGUAAAGCAAGAGAAGGCAUUAAAGAUUACUGAAUCUUCAAGCAAGUUCUAAUGUAGAGUAUGGCAAAGUCUAGAUUUGCACGUUUUGAAGAUAAUUUAUUUAUUUAUUUUUACUUGAAUUAGAAGUAGUAGUAAUAGCGAUGUGAUGGAUUUGUAUCCAUAAUUAAUCCAAUAAAAUCUUGAGAAAGAAGGAUGGGAGGCUGAUUUCUUGAAACUCAUAGCCAUUACCAUCAUGUAAGAUGUAAAUUGUAUUUUGAUCAGAUUAGAAAUUGAAUGGUAUCAGUAUCAUGGAUUAAGUU